AUAAUUAAACCUGCUUCCACGUCCCAGUCAGUGACCUCCACAGUUUAUGUUGACAGCCUUAACGCUGCUUGUUUUUGACGUCCUGCGUGUGAAAUGAAGAUUACUGAUCGCAAUGUGAUUCGAUUUCACCUUCAAGUUCUUUAUGGGAUUUCUGUAAAGAACACCGAGAAGAAGAAAGGGAGACUGGUCUGUAGUGGAACAAAGGUGUUUGGGGCCCCUCUGGAAAAUGUGUCCAGACGAUACAUUCCUGAAUUUGGUCUGGUGCCUUGCUUCCUAGUCGACGCUUGUUCCCUUCUGCUGGACCGUGCUGGUACCGUGGGCCUGUUCAGAAAACCAGGCUCGCUUCCACGCAUUAGAGUCCUCAGGGCUAAGUUUAACUGUGGCGAGGAGUCCCUGUCCACCGCCCACCCCCACGAUGUCGCCACACUCGUCAAACAGUUUUGCAGAGAGCUUCCAGAGCCACUGUUCCCACCUGAGCUCCACGAAGCCCUGCUGAAAGCCCAGGCUCUGUCCGACGUGCAGGACAGGAUGGCAGCCCUUCAGCUACUCUCCUGUUUGCUUCCAGCCAGAAGUUCCUCCUGUCUCCACUAUCUCUUUGACUUCCUUCACAAAGUUUCUCAGAGAUGCUCCGACAACUUGAUGACCAGCUCCAAUUUGGCCACAGUUUUUGUUCCGUGUCUCUUACCGCCUCCAAACAAGAGCGAGAUGUCUGAAGCGCGACUUGAGCUUCGUGUUCUUGUCCUGCGCACCUUCAUGGAACGUCCUCAUCUGUUUGGUGUGAUUCCCAAAGCUGUUAUAGACAGCAUGGAAUAUUUCAUGAACGUCCAUAAACUGAAAGAUGUGCUCAAGAAGAGAGGAAAUCGAAAGACGCACAGUUUAAAAGUAAAACAAUGUACAAAGACUGUGCCCUGGAUUCAGAGUAAACCAAAAGUCAGGCCUGUAGCCUCUGUUCCGACCCGAAGCGCCCCAUCGGGAGAUGAACCAAAGCUGAGGAGAAGCCUGGGCCUGAAAACCUUCCCCAACAUCCAGCUGUUUAGGGCUUGUGUGCCUAAUGCAGAUCAAGGUUACAGACCCUCAUCAGCUGCACUGGAAAAUUUUGACACUGCAGAAAAUAUUUCUCUCCUCACUGUGGUGGAGCGACUGCAGCUCACAAACUGGAGGAGGCGUUCUUGGCCGUGACCUAACCCGUUUUGCUCGUUGUCCAAUAUUUGUCUGGGAAUCUCUGAAUAACAUUCAUGAGCAAAGCAGCUAUUGUGGUAUUUUUGUAGAUGUAUUUUUUUUUUUGUUUUUU